AAAAUUGUGAAAAAUAUUGAAAAAGUGUUUGAAAAAUUCCUCUAUGUGGGAAAAUAUUUGAAUGAAGUUUGCUGAAUUUUAGAAAAGUUAGUUGGGUCCUGAAGAAAUCAGCCUUCGUUGAGGCCAAUUAAAUUUCCUUCGCAUUAAUGAAAAUGUUUUGAAUACUUGCAAAUAGCUCACAAAGUAAAUACAAAUUUUGAACACACAAAUAACAAUUUCCGAAACGGAAUUGUGCACACCAGGCUCUGGCUCUAUUGUGUUAGCAGGCAACAGAGCCAGCCAGCAAAACCAACAUAAGCAGCAGCAGGAAAAGCGCCUACAACCCCAACGCAAGCAACAACGACGGCAGCGACGAUAACAACCGACGCUUAAAAAUGUCAACACUUCCGUUUUUGUUGAGCGUCGCCGAUGAGCUCGAUAACAUCAACUCCCAGUCGUACAUGGACGACUUCGGACUGGGCUUCCAUCCGCAUCGCCAGUACUACCGCACACCCACCAUCCAACUGAGCCUGCCCGCCAGCACCGAUUGGAUGGAGCAUGAGCGCUCACAACGCUGGCGCUCGCAUAAAUUCGUCUUCGAACAACAAAACAAUCUAAGCACCACAGCGGAGGGCGAUGAGACAGACGCCACCGAUGAGGCUGGCAAUGGUGGUGGCCGUGGUGUUGCCUUAGAUGGCAGCAGCGCAGAUAAUGCGUACACAGAUCGUUAUGGCAGUGGCGCUAGCACGUCUGCUGCUGCCAGUCGCCAAAAGUAUACUUCAUUGCUGAAUUCGAAUGAUGAUGAUGGCGGCGCCAAGGGCAGUGGUGGUGGUGGUGUUGAUGGUGGCGAUACCAUCGACAAUACGGUGCAAAUGUAUAAUUUGUCAAAGAAAUGCUGCAAGAACUAUUAUCGACGCGGUGAUGAGCAAACGUCGGCCGCAUUGGCGGCCAAGGAGAAAUCUACUGAGGGCAGUUAUCGUUUGCAUGCCAAGUGCAUGGAGGGCGCCAAUUCGUCAUCGGACGAGAGUUUGCAGAAACCGACAUCAUCCAUUGAGUUUUUGACGUGCUUCCUGUUGAAAAAGUCGCGCACACCCAAAGGUGCGGGCAUUAGUGGUGGCAGUGGCAAGAAAUCGUCGUAGGAUACGGUUUCUAAGCGUCGAAGCCAUUGUUUCUGAAUGUGUUUUUGUGGUGGCGAAGAGUCGGUGGUGACGGAGGUGACGGAGGCGGCGGUGUCAAAGAGGUAUGAGCUUGAGUACGGUGCUAAUGUUGGCCGCAGGUCGGGUCGGGGUUGGUUGAGUUGUUGGCGCAGUACUUGCUGUGGUGAGAUUGAAAGUCAAUGAAGCUUCGAGCGACGGCUGAGGUCAGGUGAAGGAAAGCGUUUAUUUGAUGAGCGACCAUUGAAGGUAUUAGAAGGAUAUAACUGCGAAGGAUAGCUGUAGAAAUGGAUGAUUUACGCAGCGCAGUCACGCGGUUGUAAGACUGCAACGCAGCGACAACAAUGUAAACAUAACAGAGUACGGAAGAAAUUCACAUAUACAUAUACCCACACAUGCACACAAACACACAAGCACACAUACAUGCAUACAUACAAAAAAAAUAUGUACUUUCACACAUUUUGUUUGGCAAUGAGUUUGCGAAGCUGUCAAGGAUGAAUUGCAAGGACUUCGAGUUGCUUACGAGCGUUAAGGGAUUAUUACAACAAUGUGCCAUAGCUGUUGUUGUUGUUAUUAUUGUUGUAGGAAAUGCGUCGUUCUAAAGUACUGCUUCAAGAUUUUGCAUAUUAAUAUUUGAGCGUGUGCACUUAACG